GAAUCAUCUGCUUAAAAUCCCAUCGCAUCAAACUCAGUCUUCUUCUUCACCUACCUUUCUCUCUCUCCCUCUCUCUCUACACUAUUUGGUCCUUUUGCUUUUGUACCUCUUGACGGCGCCAGGAGAGAGAGAGAGACUGAAAUGACUUGGUCGGUCUUCAGAUCCAUAAACUCCCCAACUCUCGACCUCUCCGCCGCACUUCGCUCCACUCGCCGCCCAUUAGUCUCCGCCGGUGUCGGCUGCGCAACAUUCGCCGGUGUCUCCCUUUUCCGAAUGUCUUCUUCAUCUCCUCCUUUCGCUUCUCUCAGUGUCUCCGCUUCUUCUGGUAUGAAGGAAGUUGUGGCUACAGAGAAAGCACCAGCUGCUUUGGGACCAUACUCUCAGGCUAUCAAAGCCAACAAUCUUGUUUUCCUUUCAGGUGUUCUUGGACUUAUACCUGAGACUGGGAAGUUUGUUUCGGACAGCGUUGAAGAUCAGACUGAGCAGGUACUUAAGAACAUGGGAGAGAUAUUGAAAGCGAGUGGUGCCGAUUACUCCUCCGUGGUGAAGACAACAAUCAUGCUUGCUGACUUGGGUGACUUCAAGAAAGUGAACGAGAUAUACGCCAAAUACUUCCCAGCUCCUUCUCCAGCACGAUCUACAUAUCAAGUCGCAGCUUUGCCUCUAAACGCCAAGAUCGAGAUCGAAUGUAUCGCAACACUCUAGAUCACCAUCAAAUCGUGUCUAUGUUAUGGGUUGAGAAACAUUGGCCUAGGGCCUAAUUUUAAUAAAAUAUUCUUAAAAGCUCAUUUUCUUACAAACAUAUAAUCUGAAGGUCACAUUUAUAUUGUUCUAAGUUUGUAAGAGAGAGUUUUUUUUUUUUCAAAUGCUAUGGUCAGGAAAUACUCGGCACGUUUCUCAAUUAUUUGUGAGAUGAAAAUCUACAAUUCUUCUAUGUAGUAGUAGUUGUUGAUAUAUAUU